AUGAAACAGGAGAUGAGUCGUCAACUGGGCAACUGGCCUCUGGACUCGGUGGUCAUCUGCAACCGGGUCACUCGACUGACGGUGGAAGAGGUGCGCGAGGCCGCCAAAGACGGCGUCUACGUGCACGGUCUGUACCUGCAAGGCGCGGCGUGGGACCGCAGAAACAGCCGCCUCGUAGAGGCCAGAGCCAAACUGCUCUUCGACGUGAUGCCUGUCAUCAACAUCUCAGCCCAACUCGAGCUCGCCUCGGGUCAACUGUUCGGCGGCUUCUCGACGACCGAUCCUAAUGCCGCCGGACUCGGACCUGGAGCCGGUGGCGCCUCGGGCGUCGGCGCGUCUGCCUCGUAUCGCCAGACAAUUGUUGCAACGUCGAUGCCGACGGCGACGGCUACGGCAACUUUGACGACGAUGGCGAUGGCGACGGCGACGGCGACGUCGAAUCGGCUGAGGGCUGCGUCCGGUCCGUUUGAGGCGUCCGGUGGCGCCAAUUCAGGCCGCAAACCGGCUGCCUCCCAACGACAAAACAUCGUCUCCAACGGCUCCGCGGCCUCGGCCGGUGCCACGCUGCCUCGCGGAGUCGACGCCGCCGCUUCGACUCGGUCGGCCGCGACCGUCGGCGCCAGAAGCGGCGCGUCGACGUGCGCCUCGCCGUCGCCGGCUGCCUCGCACUCCAGCCCCUUCGACGUGGCCGGCCAACGCAGCUACCUCGCGCCGGUCUACAAGAAGCCGCGCAGGACCGCGCUCAACUACGUGACCAGCCUCCGGCUCAACUGCUCAAAGACGGCCGAUCAUUGGAUCAUGCGUGGAGUCGCCCUACUCUGUGACAUUCGCUAG